CCACAAUGGAUCAAAUGAUCCUUGCUGUCCACCACCUUCGCUUAAAGCUCAUUUAACUUAGCGCGGAAGAAUAUUAUCAUUUUAUUUCGGAAGCUAGAAAUUUCAUCUCUGAAUCGCGGAUUAGGGUUUUCUCUUUGGCUUCUACAUCGGUUCCUUCUGUAAAGCUCCUGCACUUCACUCUUCCAUAUCGGAUUUCCCGUAUCGAUUUAAUCAGGCGAUUUGUCGGUCUUUUCCUGUGGGAUUCGAUGGGGGCUUUCAUGUCGAGAUUCUGGUUCAUGUUAUUUCCGGCAAAAGAAUACAAGAUCGUGGUGGUUGGGUUGGAUAAUGCGGGAAAGACGACGACUCUUUACAAAUUGCACUUGGGAGAGGUUGUUACUACCCAUCCUACCGUGGGAAGCAAUGUUGAAGAGCUUGUGUACAAGAACAUUCGAUUCGAGGUAUGGGAUCUUGGUGGGCAAGACAGGCUUAGGACAUCAUGGGCAACAUAUUACCGCGGAACGCAUGCAGUGAUUGUUGUGAUAGACAGCACAGAUAGAGCAAGAAUCACCAUCAUGAAGGAGGAGCUGUUCAGACUACUCGGUCAUGAAGAUCUUCAGCAAUCUGUGGUGCUGGUCUUUGCAAACAAACAGGAUCUUAAGGAUGCCAUGACUCCCGUUGAAAUCACCGAUGCUCUUUCACUCCACAGCAUUAAGAAUCACGACUGGCACAUUCAAGCCUGCUCUGCCCUCACUGGAGACGGUCUAUACGAUGGUCUUGGAUGGAUUGCACAGCACGUUACCGGCAAAGCGACUAGUUGAUACGAAAAACUCACAGCUUGUGAGAUUCAUUCUUGUAAUCUUGUGGUUAAACUCCUCGCCCUUUAUCUCUUCUUAUACAAGUCGAGCAGUUUAUAUAUCCUGUUUAAUUCCAUUUUGAUUUAAGGGUUGUAUUAAAUUUUUUGAAAAAUGGAGCCAUAUAAAAGAAUUGCCUAGUGUCAUUCCAAAUGA